CUAGCCGGCUCGCCGCGUCCUUUCGCUGGUGGUGGGCGGUGCGUGCCGGUCGUGUUGCUAGUUGCUACGAGCGGAGCCGUUAUUUCAUGGCUGCAGCGGGCCAAGGGGCUGAGGUGCGGGGGACGGCGCGGCAGGAGCCUGGACGGGCGCCGGGCAAGGGUGUGAUCCUCAAUAGGACCUACUAGAGGCUACAGAAAAAAAACCUAGGCAGAAUAAAAAAAAACGGUGAAUAGGUUGUUCUAAGGAAGUAAGAUGGAUCCCUGUUCAGUUGGAGUUCAGCUUCGUGCUACCAAUGAAUGUCAUAAGACAUACUAUACUCGACACACUGGCUUCAAGACUUUGCAAGAAUUAUCAUCAAAUGAUGCUCUUUUGCUUCAGCUUAGAACCGGGAUGACACUCUCUGGAAACAAUACAAUUUGCUUCCACCAUGCAAAAAUUUACAUUGAUCGAUUUGAGGACUUGCAAAAGUCUUGUUGUGAUCCUUUUAACAUACACAAAAAGCUUGCAAAGAAAAAUUUGCAUGCAAUUGACUUAGAUGAUGCCACUUUCCUAAGUGCCAAGUUUGGAAGACAGCUUGUACCUGGUUGGAAGCUUUGUCCAAAAUGCACACAGAUAAUCAAUGGAAGUGUGGAUGUUGAAUCUGAAGAUCGCCAAAAAAGGAAAGCUGAUUCAGACGGAAGGACCGCCAAGGCUUUGCGGUCCUUGCAGUUUGCAAAUCCAGGAAAGCAAACUGAGUUUACUCCAGAAACUGGUAAGAGAGAAAAAAGAAGGCAAACUAAGGCAACCAAUUCAGACAGGCAAGUGAUACCACCAAAGAGCAAAGUCUAUGAUAGCCAGGGCCUCCUGAUACUCAGUGGGAUGGAUCUCUGUGACUGCCUUGAUGAAGAUUGCCUGGGGUGUUUCUACGCCUGUCCCAACUGUGGUUCUAACAAGUGUGGAGCCGAAUGCCGCUGUGACAGAAAAUGGCUUUAUGAGCAGAUUGAAAUAGAAGGAGGGGAGAUUAUUCAUAACAAGCAUGCUGGGUAAUUCGAAUGAGCUGAUCUGUUUCCUUGCAGCUCUAAAAUUCUACUGUAGAUAUAGUCAGAAUUCAAGCAUGAUAAACCAGUGACAAAAGAUUUGAAAAAAUGUUACAUUACAUAUGAGUGUUGUGUACUAGGUGUUUCAGAAUUUAUUGUUUUGUGUACAUUUUAGAUGGACUUUAAAUCAACUAGUUUAUUGUGGAUAAAUAAGCAAGCUGAGUAGUUGAACAGUGCUUGACUGUACAAAGAGAAUGGAUCUUUGUACAACUGUUAAAACCAUUCUGGCAUUAGUUACUAAUGAAUAAACAGGACAAAAUCUUCAAAGCACUUUAUCAGAUUACAUUCCCUUUGACUAAAGAAACAAAUGAUGAAAAUAGAUUUUUUUUUAAGACUACCCUAAGCAUUCUUACUCCUUUUUCUACCCAGCUUUUUGUCAGAUUGGAGGUUCUUGAUAGUUUUAAAUUUAAACUAUAGUCCAAUAAGUUCAAAACAGAUGUAGCUCACUUAAUUUAGCACUUUCUGGCCUUCUGAAUUGAGCUAAUAUUCUGUUAUGAUCUAGAUUCAACUCUUUACACCACUGCUGCUACCCCCCCCCCCUCCAAAUCUUUUUCAAAUUCAAGCCAAAUAAGCCUCUUCAAACAGAACCUUGGUUUCCUGCCCUUAUCAAGAAGUGUACUUACUGACUUUAAGAUUUGUGUUCAUACAAUCUUUCAAUAAGUCAACAGCAGUACUUUCCUUACGUGUAGACAAUAUUAGAUUUUUUUUUAAAAGAUCUAUUUCUCACAAUAGAACAGUAUGUAUGAAACCUCAAGUUCAUAAAUUGCCUUCAAAUUUGGAGUUGUGUUUCAAAUAUUAUUUAAACACAACAGUUUUUAAGUAGUUGGCAGUUUUUUUGUUUUUGAUUUUUUCUUAACACAUUUACUUGGGAGAUUACCUAAAAAGAACACUAUUACUGCUUUCAUGAGUUUCUUCUGCAGAUUUUGCUUUGAAGAGCCUGCCUUCCCAAGGAACUCUCCAUUGAAAGAGUUCUGUAAGAAUUGUAAAUCCUCCUAGUUUCCUGAAUGGUAAUUUGCAAGGCUAUUGAUUUGGUGAAUUUUUAAAUAAUGAAUCCACAAGUCCAUUUACGGUUUUUUGUUUAAUUUGAGCGUACUAAUUGAACCUUCAGGUCCUUUUUUGUUGUUGUUGCUGCUGCUAGAUUUUUCAGGGGACCUGACUUAAUACAGCAAAUGCUAAAACUGUAUAAAUCCUAGUUUCCGUUCUAUAUGUAUUGUAAUAGAGAAGUCAGUGUUAACAUGCUAAAAAGCUGAAUUGAAAUUAGAAAUGUAAGUAUCCAGAUUUUGUGUUUUCAGGUAACAUAUUUUGAUGUUGCUUGUUGAAUUGCACUUUUGCAUAAUUGGUUAAGUUGAAGUAUUGUUUUUUGUGGUUUUGUUUGACAUUCCACAGAUCUAGUAUCUGUUAAUAGCUGUGCUUCUGCAACAAAUAUACUGGUAGAAUCUAGUUGUAAUCUCCAAGUCCUUGAUGAGACUUUGUCUAUUAGGGCCCCACAGCCCAUACUUAAUUUUGCUCUGUUAAUGUGGGCAUGUUUGAGUUUGAUGGAAAAUACUUUUUAGUUAAUUGUGUUUGCAAGUCCUUUAUUCUGCUGAGCAUAGUGUUUAUAAAUAUAGGUACUGUGCCCAGAAGCAUAUCAAAUAUUAAAAUAUCUUCAAAAUGCUAUAUACUAACGUACCUUGGGAGGGGGAGGUAUUGAGAUCUUCCUAGUUGAAGGCUUCAGAAGACUUUUCAAUUCCAUGUGGAAACACUGAUAAUAGCUUUGGUAAUUCACAGAGAAAGGAAUUGCUUUGGAGGUUACAGCUAUUGUCCAGGAAGAUCUAAGUCAAAAUUGACUCACAUUUUGAGAUAGAAUUGUCUUCAUUAUCUCAUUAGUGCUGAUACUCUUUCCAACUAUAUAUGGAUUCUAGUCUUUCUAUCUUGUGUACUUUUUGUCUGUCUUCCUGUAGUAUCUAAGCUAUAGCUAUACCCUUAGGACAAAAGGAAUAAACACAGUGAUAGCAGCAUUUAUUUUGUCAUCAGUACUUUAGAUAUGUAAAACAUUUCCUUGGGCCCAACCCAGGGUGCUUGUCCCUUUGUAGCUGUUUUCUUUUAUAAUCAAAAUUUUUGCUUUAUAUAAAGUAACAAUGUUCCAGCUUAAUUUUGGCCAUAGCAUAACAUUCUGCCUUUGUAGAAAUUUUCUAGUUACUUUGUUAAUGGCAUUUUGUUCUGUUGUAAAAUUUGUGUAAUUUAUUUGGGUUUUGCUGACAGCUACUGGAAUUAAAAGAAAAUAAACCAAACUUCUCAUCA